AUGGACCGUGACGUUGGCGAUCGAAUCCAGGAAUGCGCAGGAUGCGCAUCGGUGAGUGUACAAGGUCCUGCGGAACCGAUGAUACGGAAAGAAAUGCCAGAAUGUGCGUGGCAAGAAAUAGCAGUAGACUUCUUCUCUGCGAAAGAAUACGCUACCUUCCUGGUGGUAGUGGACUAUUACAGUCGUUUUUUGAAGGUCAUUGAGAUGAAAGGCACCACAGCGGCUAAAACUAUAGAGGCCCUUGAAUCUAUUUUCAUGGAACAAACAUAUCCAGAGACAAUCCGCAGCGAUAACGGCCCUCCAUUCUCAAGCGAGGAGAUCUCAAAUUACUGUGUUCGAAAGAAUAUUCGAUUGAUUCGCACCAUCCCCUACUGGCCGCAAAUGAACGGGCUCGUUGAGAGGCAAAACCAGGGUGUUUUGCGGGCGCUCCGAAUUGCUAAAGCAGUCAAUGCAGAUUGGCGUAGUGCCGUUAAAGAUUACGUACACAUGUAUAAUACGACGCCUCAUACAGUAACCGGUAAGGCCCCGUUAGAAUUAUUGACUGGAAGACCAGUGAAAGAUCUUUUGCCUUCUCUGAGAACUGAACCUUAUUGGAAUCGUGAUCCUGAUAUACGAGAUAAUGAUGCUAUUAACAAGAUGAAAGGGAAGAUAUAUGCCGACAAGCGCCGACAUUCCAAACCGUCUGAAAUAGUUGAAGGCGAUACUGUAAUGUUGAGAAAUUAUGAGUUGGAGCCCAAUUUCAGACUUGAGAAAUUUACGGUCAUCAAAAAGAAUGGUAACGAUACGAUUGUAAUGAAUGCGGAGGGGAUUAGGUACCGACGUCCCGUAUCUCACUUGAAAAAAUGGCAUAUACCUUCCUCUGAAACUGUUCAAAGUUCUUCUUCGGAAGAUAAAACGAUUAUUGUUGAGCAAGAACCAGAAACAGAUCCCACCAUAAGAAAAGAAGCAAUGGAAGAAGAAUUGACAUCUGAGCGUCCAAAAACGGCACGAAAGAUGCCAGCCAGAUACAAUUGA